AUGCCUAACAUAUCCUUUGAUAUUUUCUUCGAUAAGGACUUUAUCAACGUCACCGCCACUCGAGGACAUACAGCUCCCAAGGCCAAACCAGAGUGGAAAGUCCGGACUGCUCCCAAGCUACCUCCCAAGCCGAUUCCCGAAGACCACAGCGGUACUCCACGACCACCACCAAGAGAGAAGCUGACCUCAACCCGUCAAUCGCUCGUUCCUCCUAAACAAUCCCGAGCUACCGACAAGGUUGCUGGCGAUUCUUCCGACGCAGCUUCCCAGACCAGAUCCUUUGCAGGUGGAGCUGUGAGUGCAGUAGGGAACACCAUCAACAGUGUGGGAGAGGGGAUCAACGCGUCGAUCCGGAGAUAUGGAGAUGGAGCCAAAGACUAUGGCAACGCCAUCAUGGACUGGACGUCGGCUGACGCGGUGAGAGCGACGACGGCAGCCAAUCCACUGGGGUUGAGUGCUGGUAAGACAGGGGGGAAGAGAGGAGUGACAAACCCUUCGGUCUACACGCCGCCGAAGUCGUCGAACCCUUCAAAGACGUUGAUGACGACCAACAAGACCGUGGCUGCACCUCAGAAGAAGAUCGAAGCCGGGACGCCCAGGAAGGCUCUGCCUGCUCCUGGUCCGAAGCCAGCUCCUGCGAAGAAGGCUAUUUCUGCACCGCCACCAAAGUCGACCCCAGAUAAGUCGGCAUCGGCAAAGUCGACACCAGCAAAGACUUCUACCGCACCAAACCCGGGAGCAAUGAGGAAGAAGCCAGCUGAGACCAAUGGUAAGGCUAAAAAACCAACUUCGGUGAGCAAGUCGACUCCUGUCAAACCGGCUGCUCCCAAGACAACAACUGCCGGACGGCACCGGGUAGGAGGGAACCCUACAGCUGCAGCGAACCCUCUCGGUCUGACGUUUUGA